ACUCUAUGCUCUUUCUCUCUUGUAUCGAUGGGCAAGUUUCUUGCCAUUUGUGCUCUUUGUCUUCAUUUGUAGUUCUCCGCUUAUCAAGAACGUCUUUAAUUUGCCACCUCUGCAGUCCCGUUGAAACAUCAGAACUUAGACUUGGCCUACCCAAUUUGAGCUCAGUUUCUGGUUUGGCCAAUGCAAGUCGGUCCCACCCAUCCCGGAAAAGAUUAUCGCACGCAGUUUUAUUGGCUCUGACAUCGUAUGUGGAAUCAGGCGCUCGUGUUGUGUUACCGUAUGGUUGUCAAACCCUGAAAGUGAGCGGCAUUAUUUUUUUUCACCGAGCUGAUUAGACGACUUCCUGGAUUUCGCAGCGGUCAUCGGUUUCCAGAUAUUCAGAGCCAUAGCGACUGAACCGAGGACCCGAUGACUGAACCUGUUCAAACCAUCAUCGAUAGCAUUAAUCUAACUCGGAGCUGACUGCCCAGUUUCAUCCGGUUUUACGCUCAACGAUGAACCAAUGGCUACUGUUAUAUCUGCAGAUAUUAACGUCUAUUUGUGUGCUUGGAGACUCGGGGUUUGCACAACUUGAUGGUGCACCACCAUCCAAAAUUGCGGUGGUCGGGGCUGGAAUUGGAGGGACAGCGACAGCACAUUUCUUACGGCAGCAUUUUGGGCCAGAGGUACGCAUUGAUGUCUUUGAAAAGGGAACUGUCGGCGGUCGGUUGGCAACAGUCACGGUCAAUCACCACGACUAUGAGUCCGGUGGAUCCAUCAUCCAUUCUCUUAAUCUGCACAUGCAAAACUUCGUCAAACAAAUUGGGCUGAAGUACAGGAAGAAUGUUGCAGGAAAAACGGCUGUAUUCAACGGCAAGGAGUUCAUCCUGGAGGAGACUGACUGGUACCUCCUUGACCUCUUCCGCCUGUGGUGGCGCUAUGGGAUCAGCUUCAUACGCCUGCAGAUGUGGGCUGAGGAGAUAAUGGAGAAGUUCAUGAGGAUCUAUAAAUACCAGGCUCAUGGCUAUGCCUUCAGCUCAGUGGAGGAGCUGCUGCACUCUCUGGGAGGCUCAGGGUUUCUCAACAUGACCCAGCGUCCUCUGUCUGAGUCACUUCUGGAGCUCGGCGUAUCCCAGCGCUUCAUUGACGAGGUCAUUGCCCCCAUCAUGAUGGUCAACUAUGGCCAGAACAUCAGCAUCCCUGCAUUUGUAGGAGCGGUGUCUCUUGCAGGGGCUCAGGCCAACCUGUGGGCAGUGGAGGGGGGCAAUAAGCUGGUCUGCUCAGGGCUGCUAAAGCUGGCAAAAGCAAACCUCAUCCAGGCACAGGUCAACGCCAUAUCCCCUCAGGCUGCAGAAGGAGAGUCAACUCAAUAUCGUCUCAGCUACUCCACCCAGAUGGAGAAGCAAACGGAAGUGUAUGACAUCGUAGUGGUGGCCACACCCCUCCAACCUAGCGUGGGCUCUGGCAUCUCCUUUGAGGGUUUUGAUCCCCAGCCCCCCGUCAUCGCCGGAGCGUACCACCACACCGUCGCCUCCAUCGUCCACGGCUACCUUAACUGUUCCUACUUUGGCUACCCGGAUCCCAAGCUCUUCCCUUUCGCCAGCGUCCUGACCACAGAUGCACCUGGGUUGUUCUUCAACAGUGUGGCCAAUGUCUGUCCAGUGAACAUCACUGCUGGCUUCCGCCGCAAGCCUCCGCAAGAGGCUGCUGUCUACAAAGUGUUCUCCCAAGAGCCCUUGGGUAAGAAGGAGCUGAAGACACUGUUCAAGUCGUACUACUCAGUGCAGGUAACAGACUGGCAGGCCUACCCUCACUACUGGAGCACCCAGGAACUCCCACCAGUCAUCUUGCAUGAUGGACUCUACUACCUCAACGGUAUUGAGUGGGCAGGCAGCGCCAUGGAGAUGAGCUCUGUGGCGGCAAAGAACAUCGCCUUGCUUGCAUACCACCGUUGGAGCCGCCAGGUCGAGAUGAUUGACCAGAAGGACCUAAUGCACAAAAUCAAGACCGAACUGUAACCAGUGUCCAUUACAGACACAACGUUUUGGAGAGCUGGUGGUAAUGGUGUGUGUGUGUGUGUGUGUGUGUGUGUCUGUUACUGAAGAUUUGUCAGAAAUCUGAAUAACAUCUCAUAAUACGAUAAAGACAAAAACAGUGGUAUUUCAGAGCCUUUCAUAUGUAAAUGUUCCUUUAACAGUCUCAUUGAGUCUGAAACUAUAGUGGGUGGGUUUUUUUGUUUUGUUAUUUUAGUCAAACAGGCAUUUGACACCUUUUGGUUACGGAACUAGAUAUGUAUUUAAAAAAAUGUCAGACCUACUAAAUGAUCGUGGUGGCAUGAUGGCACUGCUAUUUAAGUGUUUCAGUUAACACCAAUAAUUCAGUAUUUGGUAUACCACUGUAUUUCAAAUUAUUUAUUUGAAUUUAUUUAUUAACUCUGUUCAAUGUUGAUGAGCUUUUUGAAAGGCACAUAGAUUUUUGAAGGUGUUUCUGAUGCUGAGCUGGGUGUUUGUUUUGGUUUGAUUGUUUGAGAGAAAGCUUACUGGAAUAAAUGUGUUUGUUAUUUUUUUAA